UGGUUGGAGUGAAAGUGAUGAAGAUGAUGAAAGGCUGUUACGUCAGAGUCCGACACAGAGCUUCCCUGACGGAUGGAGGGAGGGGUGAAGGCAGAAACAGAUAAAUGUGUUGUAUGACAGAGAGCUGCAGCUUCUCCUCUCCUCCUCUCCUCUGGUGAUGGAGACCCACGAAGGAGCAGACUUCUGUUUUCCAGAACUCAACACCUCCUGCAGGAAGCCGAUGCCUCCUUGGUCCGACGCGUUGCUCCUGAAUAUUCUGCUGUCGUCUGUGUCUGUGCUCACUGUCGCUCUCAACCUGCUCGUCAUCAUCUCGAUCUCACACUUCAGGCAGCUCCACACUCCCACUAACAUCCUCCUCCUCUCUCUGGCUGUCUCAGACUUUCUCGUGGGUCUCCUGCUGAUGCCGGGAGAAAUCCUCCUGAACACAGUCUGCUGGUAUCGCGGUGAUCUGAUGUGUUCCCUGUGUAAUUGUGUGUCCUUCAUCGUUACCUCUACUUCAGUGGGAGACAUGGUGCUCAUAUCAGUCGACCGUUAUGUAGCUAUUUGUGACCCUCUGCAUUACACCACCAGAGUCACUGAGAGAAGAGUUAAACUCUGUGUUUGUCUGUGUUGGUUCUGUUCUGUUCUCUACAACAGUCUCAUAGUAAACGAUGACCUGACUCAUCCAGACAAACAUGACUCCUGUUAUGGAGAAUGUGUGAUUGUCUUUGAUCAUACUGCAGGAGCUGUUGACCUUGUUUUGACCUUUGUUCUUCCCAUCACUGUCAUCAUAGUUCUGUACAUGAGAGUGUUUGUGGUGGCUGUGUCUCAGGCUCGUGCCAUGCGCUCUCACAUUACAGCUGUCACACUGCAGCGUUCAGUGGCUGUAACCACAAAGAAAUCUGAGUUGAAAGCAGCCAGGACUCUUGGUGUUCUUGUAGUUGUGUUUCUAAUGUGUUUCUGCCCACAUUAUAUUGCUGUUCUUGCAGGAGAUGACUUGCUCAAUAACUCAUCUUCAGCCUUUGUGCUCUAUAUCAUCUAUUUUAACUCCUGUCUAAACCCUAUAAUCUACGCCUUGUUCUACCCCUGGUUUAGAAAAGUUAUCAAACUGGUUGUCACUCUGCAGAUUCUGCAGCCUGGCUCCCGUGAGGCCAACAUACUGUAGAGAGGCUGUGGAGUGACUGAGAUGACACCUGCUCUAUGAACAGAGUAAUACACAUGUUCAUGUUGUAUUGUGAAUGAAUUAUCAAAUACAGGAAGUAAAAAUAUGUUUUUAUUUUCUAUAAAUUGUGUUUGAACUAAAACUGAAAGACCUGUAUCACACAUUCGGCUUUUAUUUGAAACGAAUGGUUUUGUGAAGGUCUCAUUCUAUGACUUGUGUAUUUUCCCUCUCUGUUGCUGCAUCUUGUAAAAGUCACCAUUUACCUCUACAGUUCAACAUUUACAGUGGAUAUCAUAGAUCACAGAAAGUUUAAGUUUCACAUAUAUAUUUUUUUUAAUAAACCAUAUUUAGUGAUUUUCUUUAACUUUCAUAUUGCAUGGAAAUUUGCUGUAUAGUGACAUUUGGGAUAUUAUAACAAACAUGACAUACGUAAUGUAACGUCAUCUCUUCUCAAAGAAAUAUUAAUUUAUUUUACACUGUGUUGUAUGAAUCUGUGUUGGUUCACAAAGAUGACGAUGUCCCAUCCUGCUCACUUAUAAAUCAAAUAUGUAUACAGUUGAUCAGUGUCAGAAGUUUAUUUGCAGGUUUAAUUAAAACAAGUGCUGGCCAUGUGUGUUGAAACAUAGAACUAGCAUCAUAAAACUUUAAAAACCUAAAGGCACAAUCGAAAGAAAGAUACACAAAACAGAUAAAACCAAAAACCAAAAACACAAGAUUGGCCUCGAAUAUAUCUCUCAGAAAUUGGACUUGAUCAGAUCUUUCAAAUAUCUUUCUUAUGUCAGCUAUAGCUGUGACAAUAUUAAUUUAAGCUCUUGUAUUCAGGGCCAGACUGGGACAAAAUAGUGGCCCGCAAAUUUGUCCCUGAUCUCCGAACAAAGCGUUGGUCAGAGGAUCUGCGUCUUCGGAGACCUUGAUUACAACAAAUAAAUGAUAGCGUAUAUACAAGUCUAGUGGCUGGACGGACUGUAUUUGUACUAUGUAAUAGUUUUACUGAAGACAAGAGUUUGGAGACAUUCCCAACUAGAGAAAGGGUAAAAAUAAAGCAGGGUUUGCCUUCAGCCACCAAAUCACUAAAUCCACCCCUGGUACUAGCGGUAGCAACAGUUGCUGUAGUAACAGGCUAAUUUCAACUAGCCAGUAGCUGCAGCAGGUUUAUUUAUCAAUUUAGUGGUUUUUGUGCAUAUGCUGAUUAUUUUAUAUGAUUCUGGAUAAACAGGGAUGUAAUCUGAAAUUAGUCUGAGUGGCGGAGACAGACAACCACAAGGCGGUAAUUUUAGUUAUCCAUGGUUUAGAUUUUAUUUAUUUAUUUAUUUUCUGACUGACCAACUAGUUAAAUACAGUGAACCUGCAUUUGCUGUAGUUCUGAUAAACAAAAGAACGAUAAAACUACUUCAAAUCCAAAAGGGUAUGGUGCCCAAGACAG